AUGCCAUUUGUAUUGAUACUUACUGGCGCCUCUACUGGGAUUGGAGCUUCAAUUGCCCUGAUCUAUUUGUCACGUCCUGAUACAUGUCUUGUUGCUGUGGCUAGAUCAGAGGACAAACUUCAAGAAUUGGUUGAAACCUACGGAUCUGACAGAGUAGCAUUUGUGGCUGGUAGCGUGUCAGAAGACCAAGUUAUUCGUCAGAGCGUGGAGUUGGCGGUGUCGAAGUUUGGCCGAGUCGACUCAGUUAUUGCUAAUGCUGGAGUGUUGGACCCAGUACAAACCAUAGAUAAUGCUGAUAUCGAUGCCUGGAAACAAGCGUUCGACGUGAAUUUCUUCUCUGUUGUCAACUUGGCCAAGUACGUGAUUCCUGAAUUGCGUAAGACCCGUGGAAGUUUCAUUGGUGUGUCGUCCGGGGCUUCAGUUGGAGCCACCAAUGGUUGGGGUUGUUAUGGUGCCACCAAGGCGGCAUUGAACCACUUAGUUCUCACCAUCGCCGAACAAGAGGCCAGCAGUCAAGUGACGUCGCUUUCGGUUGCUCCUGGCGUGGUGGAUACGUCUAUGCAAUUGGACAUUAGAGAAAAACAUAAGAGUGCCAUGAAGCCCGAAUCCCACAGGCGGUUCACAAAAUUACAUGAAGAACAAAAGUUACUUCACCCUGAUGUUCCGGCCACCGUCUACGUGAACUUGGCUCUUAAUGGCUGGGAUUCGACUAUCAAUGGCAAAUAUUUAAGAUAUAACGAUGCAGCAUUAGCCUCAUAUAUUUAG